GCGGGACGGGGACGACCGCGGGACAACUUGGAAAACUUCUCUGGGGCAGACGGCAGGGACGCUGGGCGCUGGUGGAAGAGGAUGUAGGAGGGCGGUGGCUGGCCCCGGGUGUCCCCGGACCUCCUAGGCACCGUUCGUCCGGGCCAUGGGGCUCCAGCGCCUUCAGCGUCGCCGGGGGGACCAUCCCUUCGCCUAACCGAGCCGGGGUGGUGCUCUCUGCCGCCGUGCGUCCGCCUGGAGAGCAGCGGUGCCACUGGCCAUGUCCGGCCCCACCAUGGACCACCAGGAGCCCUAUUCGGUGCAGGCUACAGCUGCCAUCGCGGCAGCCAUCACCUUCCUCAUCCUCUUCACCAUUUUCGGCAACGCGCUGGUCAUCCUGGCCGUGUUGACCAGCCGCUCGCUGCGCGCACCGCAAAACCUAUUCUUGGUGUCCCUGGCUGCUGCUGACAUCCUCGUGGCCACGCUCAUCAUCCCUUUCUCGCUGGCCAACGAGCUGCUGGGCUACUGGUACUUUCGGCGCACAUGGUGCGAGGUGUACCUGGCGCUCGACGUGCUCUUCUGUACCUCGUCCAUCGUGCACCUGUGCGCCAUCAGCCUGGACCGCUACUGGGCGGUGAGCCGCGCGCUGGAGUACAACUCGAAGCGCACACCGCGCCGCAUCAAGUGCAUUAUCCUUACCGUGUGGCUCAUCGCAGCCGUCAUCUCGCUGCCGCCCCUCAUCUACAAGGGCGACCAGGGCCCCCAGCCCCACGGGCGCCCCCAGUGCAAGCUCAACCAAGAGGCCUGGUACAUCUUAGCCUCCAGCAUCGGCUCUUUCUUUGCGCCCUGCCUCAUCAUGAUCCUUGUCUACCUACGCAUCUACCUGAUUGCCAAACGCAGCCACCGCAGAGGGCCAGGGGCCAAAGGCGGGCCAGGCCCUGGUGAGGCGAAGCCGUCUGGUCCUGUCGCUGGGGGCACUUCAGCCUCGGCCAAGGUGCCAACCCUGGCCUCUCCUCUGUCUUCUACUGGAGAGGCCAAUGGACACCCCAAGCCCACUGGGGAGAAAGAGGAAGGAGAGGCCCCUGAAGAGCCUGGGAGCAGGGCCUUGCCCCCCAGCUGGACUGCCCUCCCCAAGGCAGACCAGAGCCAGAAGAGGGACCUUUGUGGGGCAUCUCCAGAGGAGGACGCUGAAGAGGAGGAAGAGUGUGACCCUCAGUCAGUGCCAGCAUCUUCUGCCUCUGUUUGCAGUCCCCCCUUGCAGAAGCCACAGGGUUCCCGGGUGCUGGCCACCCUACGUGGACAGGUGCUCCUGGGCAGGGGUGCGGGUGCCAUGGGUGGGCAGUGGUGGCGACGGCGGGCGCAGCUGACCCGGGAGAAGCGGUUCACGUUCGUGCUGGCCGUGGUCAUCGGGGUCUUCGUGCUCUGCUGGUUCCCCUUCUUCUUCAGCUAUAGCCUGGGUGCCAUCUGCCCACAGCACUGCAAGGUGCCCCACGGCCUCUUCCAGUUCUUCUUCUGGAUUGGCUACUGUAACAGCUCCCUGAACCCUGUCAUCUACACCAUCUUCAACCAGGACUUUCGUCGUGCCUUCCGCAGGAUCCUUUGCCGCCAGUGGACCCAGACGGCCUGGUGAGCUGCCUGCCACUGCCCGUGUGGGGUGGGUGCCAGCGCCACCCUGUCUCUUGCCCUCCUUUAUGUGGCUGUCUCCCUGGGGCCCUCUGGUCCCUGCGCAGUUCCUACGGGUUUCAUCCUAGGAGUCCCCUUGGAGGGGAGGGGGACGGGCAGAGGUGCGGUUGAGAGGGUCCAUCUGAGGCACCCCCUGGCUGGCUUUGCUGGGGGGACCUCUUCUCCAUCCCCUGCCCGGGCACAGGCAGAUGGGUGAAGCCCGGACCUUCCUGAACGUGGCAGAGACCAGGUCAGAGUAGAGCACCUCUGUGCCGGGCCCCUGCAGGCUGAUGGAUGGGCUGCCCUUUCUUGAGGACCCUGGGUGCCUUGGCAGGUCCUUCACUUGGGGUGUUUUUGUUGCUUUCUCACCCCCUGAUCCCCAAAGAGCAGGAAGUCCACCUUCCACUUCCCCCAGGAGGGCCUGAUGCUGAGGCUGAUGAAGAAGUCAAGUCUGUUCACCCACAUGGGCACCAUGGUCCUCCCUGGUGCUGGGAUGGGGUUCUGGGAUGGCAUUCUCUGGGCCCAUCUCUCCCCCUUGCCUCUGCUUUUGGAUCUGUGGCUCCUUUAAAGGCCAGACCCGUGCCUUGGCUUCCCCACCCGACCCUCCUUUGGGAGGCAGGUAGGCACGUGGAUGCCUCUGUGGGGAGGCUUGGAGGCCGGGCCUCUGCCUCAUGGGAGAUCCCCGAUCACUGGCACUCACCCCUGCAAAACGCAGGGUGACAAUAACUCGCCGCCCACUUGCUGCCGGAGUUGAAAGGCUUUGCAGAAAGCUCCGUGCUCCGCGGGGAACAUGCUAGAGAACCGUCAAAUGUGAUUAUCCGGUGAUGUGAAAGCCCCUUUCCUCUGUGCUUACCGCCACCCGAGUUCCUGUAGACUUUUGUUCUGUCCCCGGGGUGUGUGAAUUCCUACCCCAAACUGGAAGCAGAGAGCAGCUCACAGUACUGCUAUUUGAAGUCACAGGAUUUCUUUGAGAACGUGUUCUUGGGCCCACAAAGGUUUGAGUUAUUAUGCCGGUGACAGCUUCUUGAUGUGUCACCUGCAACACCAAGAGGAUUUGCACGGCUUGGCUCCCACCCCAGGAGGGAAUAAGUCUUUUGUCAUCAAACAGGCAAAUUUCCCCCCAAAGAUGGCUAAAAAUAUCCACGCCAUGGAAGCAGUCUGAGCUGAGAGCCCAAGGAGGAAGGCAGAGCCCCCAGUGGGUGCGGAGGCCGGAGCAGGCAGCGAGGCCCUGAGGACGGCUGGGGGAGCCCCAGGCUGCCGUGCGUGGACAGGUUUCUGACCUCCAGCUGGGCUCCUGUGGCGCGUAACUCACCCCAUGCCUUACUGAUGGAGAACCGGGCAGCCACGCUGCCCUGGGCUGAGGGCCUGUCCCUCUUGGUCCUCUCCUCCACCCGAGAUCCUGUGCCCAGAACAGUCUCUAAAGUGCAGUGCCCCGUCUUCCCCAAGGGCUGCCUGGCGUGUGGCCUGCCAGCGUGGGGGUUGGGGUGGGCUGAGUGGCACAGGUUGUUGGCACUCUGACGAACCUGCCAGAUCCGGAAGGUGCCGCAGAGGUUUUUGGGGGAGAAUGGCGGGGACCAAAAAGACCCGAGCUUGGUCUUUGGCCAGUUGCAGCUGUGAGGCCAGGACAUGGGCUUGGGGUGUGGCUGGUGGGCUGGGCCCAGGGGAGGGACUGACAUGUGACCAUCUGCUGGCCCAUCUUUUGUGUGCUGCAUGGGACCCCUGGUAAUGUGGCCUGUGGCCCUCUUGUGACAUGCAGGCAUUUUUAAAAAGUCGGAGCUAUUUUAUCAAUAAAGGAUAUUUUGUAAUAA